CACCGCCAUCCUCCUCAUCAUCACACACACGCACGUACACGCACACGCGUGCGCGCACACGCACGGUGCGUGUUCCUUUUGGUUGCGCUGCUUUGGACUCUGCUGAAGGAAGGAAUCAAGGAAGGAAUCAAGGAAGGAAGGAAGGAAGGAUCAUUUGUCCACGGACGUGCACGCUUCUUGCACCCGGCCAUGGCGCCCACGGCUCGGUUCGCGGGAGAGCGUUGAGGCCGAGCGCCAUGCAGUCUCUCUUCGGUGGCGAGCUGGGGCUGCUGGGAGGGGCCGGCGACGGCGGGGGCCUGAAGGAGGACGGCGUGGCGUGGCGCUCGCCGCCCCUGCCCGCCGACGACGUCUACUCGGCCUCCCACUUCGCCCUGAUCGCCGCCUACCAGGACAUCAAAACCCGGCUGGGCGGCCUGGAGCGCGAGAACAGCAGCAUCAAGCGGAAGCUGAAAAUCUACGAGAUCAAGUUCCCGAUGAUCAGCGAGUUCGGCGAGGACAGCAACUCCUACUGUUCCUUCGAGAGCAAGGAGACGGCGCUGCUGCACUCGGAGAACGACAGCCUGCAGCAGAGAGUCAACAUGCUGACACACGAGCUGCAGAAGAGGAAGGAGCGAGAGGAGCAGCUGGAGGAUGUCAUCCAGGCCUACGAGAAGAUCCACAUGGAGAAAGGAAACCUCCAGAGGGACCUGGACAAGAUGUCGGGCCUGGUGGAGAAGCACGUGGAGCGCAUCCUUGGCUUGGAGUCUGCACUCAGGCAGCGAGACAAUUCUCUACACAAACUCAACAUGCACCUGCACAGCAAAGACAUGCAGUACUUGCAGCUGCACGCUGGUGCUGAUGCACACAUGCUGGACUGUCCCGCCAUGACGCUGCAGAGCUCGCGGAGCCUGGACACGCUGUCCGACCUGAAGGUGCAGCGGCUGGAGGCGGAGCUAGAGGGGGCCCGCCACGAGGCCCAGGGGGCGUGCCAGCGGGAGGAGGAGCUCAAGGCGCAGUACGAGCGCCUGAAGGAGGAGCUGAGGCAGCUGCAGGGCGGCCAGCGAGACAGGGAGAUGUCGUCCCCGUGCAAGCAGUGCGACGUGGAGUGGAUCAAGAAGGUGGGAGACGAGCAGGUGAACUUGGCGCUGGCCUACACGGAGCUGACGGAGGAGUUGGGUCGCCUGCGAGCGCUGAGCUCCAAGCAGACUGAGAUCCUGAGGAAGGCGUCCCAGGACUCUGCUGGUCCGGUCCAGCUGCACUCUCCCAUCCAUCACCAGCGCCACUCGCCAGGAUCUCAGCGCCACUCGCCCAUCUCGCAGCGCCACUCUCCGGCUCCGCCCCCUCCGCACCACUCGCCCAUCCAGCAGCGGCGCUCCCCGGUGUUGCAGCGUCUGUCCCCCGACACGCACCGGCGCUCCCCCCUGCUGGACAUGGGCGACGGGCCGGCCUCGUACUCCUGCCGCCCGCCCAGCCAGCACCUGCGGGCCAGCUUCCAGGGCCGCCGCAGCUACUCGGAGGUGACCGACCCUUCGGCGUACCACUGCCCGCCGCGCUUCUCCCUGGACCCGGUGUCCACCCUCCCGAAGCCCCGCCCUUUUGUGGAGGGCUACUCCAAACAGACGCAGCAGCACUCGUCUCAUCAGCACAGGGGGGCGUCGUCGCCUCACCAAGACUCCCGAGAGACGCCCUUUCCUCUCUCCGAGGUGGCCCACCUGCGCUUCGAGCCGCCCCCGUGCUCCGCCCCGGCCCCGCAGCCUCUGCAGUCCUCCGAAGACGAGGAGGAGUGGACCUGUCCGCAUCCCAUCAGCCCGCCCAGGACGCUGGGGGUGCUUUCCGCUGCCGUGCCCGGCGGCGCCAUGAGGGGUCCGGCGUCCUGCUCGGCCUUCCCCGCCUCCGCCCAGUGCCCCAACGCCAUGGGCUGCCGCCCCCAGCCCGGCUACAUAUCUGCCGAGCACGCUCAGUCGUGGCCGUCCAUCAACCUCUGGAUGGAGACGGAGGAGAGCGACGUGCGCAGCUGCCCCCUGUGCCAGCUGAUGUUCCCCGUCGGUUACCCCGACGACGCCCUCAUCAAGCACAUUGACUCCCACCUGGAGAACAGCAAGAUCUGAUCGCCGCGGCAACCGGACUUGGAGCCAGAGGUUUGAACAAUGGGGAAUCGAUCGGAGGGACGUGCGCGAGAUUGCCGCUUUGUAAAGUACUGCUGCACGGGUCCAUCUUGGCGUCGUGAGUCUCGUCAACGUGCUUUUUCUUUGCUUAUUCCUUCCUUUCGCUUCCGUUCUCGUAUUUGACGCUCGCGGCUCUGCAUGUCGCUGUGGGCCCCGAGCACCGUCACGCUUCCAGCCUGAAAGACUCCACCCCGGGAACCGGAACCGGAGGCCAGGAAGCGUGCGUUUCCACGGCAACUCGAGCAUGCAACCUUUAGCGGGGACAUUGCCACCUUUAUGCUUGCUCUUCUAACGGAGCUUAGCACUUUAUGCUGGCUCACACCUGACACUAUUUAUCAGUUCUUCUAGCCAAACGAGGACAUUUUUGCCACACCCUGUACAUAAACACACGCCGGGAGUCUUCCUCAAGCAAGUACGCCACAUGGACAAAAGUAUCGGGACACCACGUCUAAUCAAUCAACGACAAGUUAACUGUCGACCAAUUUUAGGUUAAAACACGGGUGCCCAAACUUUUUCCACUGAGGGCCACAGACUGACGGAUUAAAGGAUGCGGGGGCCACACCUACUCAGCGGCCUAGUGGUUAGAGUGUCCUCCCUGAGAUUGGUAGGUCGUGAGUUCAAACCCCGGCCGAGUCAUACCAAAGACUAUAAAAAUGGGACCCAUUACCUCCCUGCUUGGCACUCAGCAUCAAGGGUUGGAAUUGGGGGUUAAUUCAACAAAAAAAAUUAUUCCCGGGCGUGGCCACCGCUGCUGCUCACUUCUCCCCUCACCUCCCAGGGGGUGAACAAGGGGAUGGGUCAAAUGCAGAGGACAAAUUUCACCACACCUAGUGUGUGUGUGUGUGUGUGUGUGACACUCAUUAGUAACUUUAACUUUAACAUAUUGGUAGUUUUCACCUUCAAAAUCAGAAAAAAAAAAAUAUAUAUAUAUUUUUUCUUUAAAGAAAUAUAAAACACCAGGGGACACCGCCAUCCCACCACCUCAGGUGGGAUGGAACAACCCAUAUAACACGUCACAGAUGACGUCACACUAACAUCACGUGACACCUCUGAGGAAGGCUGCAGAAGCAAGAUAGACGAAACUUGUCAGGUACAAAACUUUACCUUACUAGCCUAUACAAAUCAACCAUUUAUAAAUACACAUUAGUAGGCUAAAUGAACCUCUUCAACAUAAAAAAUAUAAAAUGCAAUAUAGGUUGAAAUUUUAUGCGAAUGGUGUGCAGAGCCAAAGAUGAACUAAACUGCUAACAGUUAGCACGGUGGCCAGUUAGCGUCAAGGAACAAAAAUAUGAGCUAAAUGGACUAAAAAAAUAAAUAAAAAUUGACACAUACAGAUAGAAAAUUUCCUUUAGGGGGAGAAGGGUGAGAAAAAAUUCCAUCCCCUUGGGGGGCGUGACAGACAAAAUUGAGAUUCACUUCACUUUACCCCAAUAGAAAUAUAUAAAUAGAUGUUUAUAAUAGUUAUAAUAUUAAAAUAUGAAAAUAGAUUUUUCAAAUCUGACAGUACAUGAAGCAAAGUCGCCAGGGAAGAAUUGAUUUUCCUCACUUUUAGUCCCUGCAGGUGUCCCAAUACUUUUGCCUGUACGCUGUACCACUAAAACACUCUGUCACCCAACAGCAACGCCGACAACAAAAAACGACAACAACAGCAACGCCGACCACAAAAACAACAGCAACGACAACAACAAAAGCAAAACCGACAUAAUAACAACACCACCAACAAUAAAAAAAAACAGCAACACUGACGACAACAACACCAACAACAGCAACACUGACAACAACAACACCAACAACAGCAACACUGACGACAACAACAGCAACACCGACAACAAAAACAA